UGUACUGUAUUGUGUGGCAGUUUAGUUAUCACGCACGCUGAAGAGUGAAGAUCCCUUUCUCCUUCACUUUCCCCUCUUUUUUGUCUCUGAGUCUGAGUGAAUGAAUACUUUAUACGCUGCUUCUCUUCCCAAUCCUAAUUUCCUUUCUUCUUUUCUAUUCUGCAUGAGUAUGAGUAUGUGUACUUCGAUAUUCAUAUUAAUGCACGCAGAGACGACAGAGCCGAAUUGUAUAUAUAGCAUCUAAGCAUAGCAUACUGACAGUGUAUGUAAAAGAUAACCAACCACCUAUUAAUUUCACGGUGGAUUCACCAAAUAAACCCAAACCAGAACCACUAUUGCUUGCUUCAGAUUUAAUUUCACAAGAUGCUUGAAACGAUUAAAUACCUAAUCGGAUCGGCGGGUCCAAGCGGUUUUGGAUCCAAAUCCACCGCCGAACAAGUCACGGAAACCUGCGGCGAUCUCCGCUCCAUCACCGCUAUCAUAACAGGUGGUACGUCAGGAAUUGGAGCAGAAACGGCGCGUGUUUUGGCGAAGAGAGGGGCGAGGGUGAUUCUACCGGCGCGUAGCAUGAAAAAUGCGGAGGAAACAAGAGGUAGAAUAGUGACGGAGUGUCCUGAAGCGGAGAUUAUAGUUAUGGCACUUGAUCUCAGUUCUGUCAAUUCUGUUACGAACUUCGUUACUCGUUUUCACUCCAUCGGUUUCCCUCUAAAUCUCCUCAUAAACAAUGCUGGGAAGUUUGCAGAAGAGCACGCAAUCUCUGAGGAUGGAGUUGAAAUGACCUUUGCCACUAAUUAUUUAGGUCAUUUUGUGUUGACAAAAAUGUUGAUGAAGAAGAUGGUUGAAACGGCAAAGGAGACAGGGAUUGAAGGAAGGAUAGUGAACGUGUCGUCCGCAAUACACGGUUGGUUUACUGGCGACGUCAUCUCCUAUUUGGCUCAUAUAUGCCGCAACAAAAGUGAGUACGACGCCACACGUGCUUAUGCUCUUUCCAAACUCGCCAACGUUUUCCACACUAACGAGCUUGCUCGCAGACUCAAGGAAAUGGAUGCCAACGUGACUGUGAACUGCGUUCAUCCGGGUGUCGUGAGGACCAGACUCACCAGAGAGCGUGAAGGCUUUCUUACAGAUUUAGUUUUCUUCUUGGCUUCCAAGCUCUUAAAGACCAUUCCCCAGGCAGCAGCAACAACAUGUUAUGUGGCAACUCACCCAAGGCUCGUCAACGUGUCCGGCAAGUACUUUGCUGACUGCAACGAAACCUCAACUUCCAAAUUGGGAUCCAACAUAACUGAAGCUUCAAGGUUAUGGGCAGUAUCCGAAUUAAUGAUUUCUAAGGGUCCAAAAGCUGCCUUUGACCUAAUUAAUAACCUUGAAUUUUGAAGUUUAUUGGGACAAUGCAGAAGAAAAAAAACAUAUAUAGAAUUUGAGUAUGGAAAAGAUACAUAUAUAAAAUUUCUCUCUAGAUUUUUAAUAGAACAAUAGAAUCAGAGUUAGAUGUGGUCAAUUUAGUCUUAUGAUCUAGGGUAUAAGUAAUAACUACCUGUUUCAAUGUAUAAUAUAACUAUAUAUAUAUAUUGGUUACUUAAUUAGGGAAAAUCAUGGGAAGGUUUUAUUUUAGGGUCUUGUUAACCGGUGUCUUCAGGGUAAUGGUUAAAGAAUCUAUUAAUAGAAAUUUUGUCUUUGAAAUAUAAGAUGUUCUUUUUUAUAAAGUAAAGAUUGCACAACUUUUUCAUGAAAACUUACUUGUUUUGGAUCCUUAACUUUGUCCCUGAAACACCGGUUAACAUUCUCCUUAUUUUAUUGUUAGAAGUCUAAAAUAAUUUGCUUAGUUAGAUUGGGUGCUAUGAUUAAUACAAUGAUUAUGGAGCCUGAAUCAUGUUAGCAUGAAUCUUAGAUUACAAGUGAAAGUGCCUGGAAAACUCAAGCUGUACUUUUAUUGUUAAUUAAGCUGCUUCUGUGAUGUAAUUAACUGUACUUUGUAUAUAUAUAUAAAGGGGAUAUCAUAUGAUACAAAAUGAACAAUA